ACAGAAUACAGAGUGCGCACUGAUCAACCGACUUCAGCACACCCGUGAUCGACAGGUCAUUUUUGAGCUCGACAGUGACCUGCUGGUCUGUGAGGGUUUUGAACACUGAAAAGAUGAGCUAUGGUCAAGAUCAGAGGCUGGAAGAGGUCGCCAAUGUCUACACUUGCCAUGGCUAUGGCUCGAGGCCGAGAUGAGCGUCGAGGUCAAGAGCAAACGCACGCAGCGGCAGACGCGCUAACUUAGGUUCUGAUGGGCGCUCUCUUCCCGCGAGGGGCCGUUCGCAACUUGUCCUCGUUCACCACGAAAUCGACACUACGUACUGUCGCAGACUGGCCAAACUCGAACAAUGAGACCAGGAUUUUCUGUACACUAGACCGCACCGACACUCCUUAUCCUCCCUUAGGAUGAAAAAUCUACUCUGGUGUCCUCCGAUGGAGACCAGUGUGGGUUACUGUGUACACGGAAAUUGUGGCGAUGCCCUGAUGAAGGGAAGGCUUCCACAAGUUGCAGAAAGUGAGCGGUAAGUACGUCCGGCCUUACGAGGCAAAGUUUACGUGUGCCUCGAUUCCUGUUCCCAGCCGGCACAGCUCAUAUGUCUCUUGGCGGUGCGUAGAUACGACCACAUAGCGUGAUAGCACUCGAAACCUGUGGGUAUGGGAAGACGCUUUAACGGGAGACUUUGUCAGGGAACGUUAAUGAACACCCGGGGGAAUCUUCGCGCCGUCCCUUGCAUCAGUGAAGGUCCAUUCCUCUAGCAGGCUCUCAAGGGUUAUUAUUGGACCACCAGAACUUCGCCUUCGUAGGAAUGCGGUGUCGUAUGAGAUGCAAGAUGUUCGUUGUUCGGCCCUGUCAUCGGUACUCUCAGGAGCACUCAGCCGGCCUUGAAUACGAACGCAGCGGCCACUUAAACAAGGUUCAUCUCGGCAUGAUCUGCGGCAAUUGACCGACAGCGCAGAUCCCAUUUUCGUACCCAUGUCGAUAUCGACUGGUGUCUGCAGGAUACGAAGCAUGGUGCCUCUGGUGCGCACAGUCCAUAUUUGCUACUGCCGAGCAUGGCUCCAGCUUGAGAACAUUGACGUUCGGCGUUGCAGGAUCCCCGCCACUUCUCCACUUUGCCAAAAUUGUGAACCUGUCGAUGGAAAGUGUACCUCCUGGCGGGCUUGAACGAUCUAUAUGAAGGCAGACGGGUCUGCCUCCUCUCCUCAGACACUUCCCCCCAGCUUCGCAACACCCCUCAGAGCAUGGAACGAGCUCGCACUGCGUUGGCAUCUCUCGCCCAUCAUGCCCAUACAAUUCAUUUGUUCACAAAAUCUGAUAUCAAGACCACUAUCCUACCAGUGACUGUGUUCGCCCUCGUAGCCGCUCCUCUUUGCUCUCUGCAUCGUCUUCCUCACAUCGUCUUCUGGGUCUGGCUACAUAUCCUGCAGUUCGACGUCUCGAAUCAGUGCCUUUCCCCUGAAGAGGAUCGGCUUAACAAAUCCGACCGGCCGGUUGCCGCAGGACGAAUCAGCGUCCAGCACGCUGUCAUCCUCCGAUGGACCCUCCUGCCUAUCUGUCUCCUCAUCUCCUGGUCCUACAGCCCCCAAGUGCUGUACGUGAGUGCCGCUAUGGCCGUGCUCACAAUCAUCUAUAAUGAAUGUCAAGCGCACGCUGCCCACUGGUCGGUCCGCAACCUCCUCAACGCCGUUGGAUAUGCCACAUUCGAGGCCGGGGCAACACUGGUGGCAGGUGCAAGCUGCUCGCGGCUGGAACCAGUUGCCGUUCUCGCGAUCUGUCUUAGCACGGGCAUCAUGGCGAGCACGUACCACGUCCAGGACUUCAAGGACGUUGAUGGUGACCGCCUUAUCGGGCGCCGGACACUGCCCAUCGUUUCCCCACAGCACGCACGCAAGACGGUCAUCACGGGCCUCAUGGCCUGGUCCGUCGCCCUGACGUUGAUUUGGAAACUAGACGCACUCGCGUCUGCCGUACUACUAUUCUUGGGGGCGACGGUGGGCGGUCGGUUCCUUCUAUACCGCAACAUUCGUGCAGACCAGGUGUCGUUCUACCUGUACAACGUUUGGCUCUCAUACACGUUCGCUCUUCCGGCGUAUUGGAGGCUUACUACUUGAAGGCGGAGAGUGCCUUGGGAGACGGUCGAUGACGUGACAAAACUGCUGGCUUGGCAUGGUAUUAAGGCCCCUAUAGAAUACUACCUUUCUGGUGCCAUUGUCGAGCGUAAUUAAGCUGAUGAGCCCUUAUUGAACACAAGAACCGAGCAUCCCGCCCCCCACGGAAUCCGUUCGAUACUUACACAAGGCACGCCCUUUUUCU